AUGGCCGCAGAUGACAAAAGGUCUCCAACACUGGACUCUACCAGUGAACUACCUCAUUCUCCUAGCAGUCCGUCUCAUCUCACUCACUUCAAACCCCUGACUCCUGACCAGGAUGAGCCUCCUUUUAAAUCAGCCUACAGCUCUUUUGUAAAUCUGUUCCGUUUCAGCAAAGAGAGAGCAGAGGCAGGACAGAGUGAUCCACAAGUGCUGAGCGGUGGCUGGUCCAGUCCUCAGCAUCCCACCAGGGCUCAGUCCCUGAGGUCACCGGUUCCUUACAAAAAACAACUGACUGGUGAGCUGCAAAGAAGAUCUUCUGCAACCCUGGACAAUCGAAGGAAAGUAGAACCGCCUCUUGGAGGUCAUGAUCCUCGAACAGCAGUUCAGUUAAGAAGCCUCAGCACCGUUUUAAAGCGCCUCAAAGAAAUCAUGGAGGGGAAGAGCCAGGACAGUGACUUGAAGCAGUACUGGAUGCCUGACAGCCAGUGCAAAGAAUGCUAUGACUGCAGUGAGAAAUUCACUACCUUCCGGCGGAGGCACCAUUGUCGACUUUGUGGGCAGAUCUUCUGUAGUCGAUGCUGCAAUCAGGAAAUCCCUGGAAAAUUCAUGGGCUACACAGGGGAUCUCCGAGCCUGCACUUACUGCCGCAAAAUAGCCUUAAGCUAUGCACACUCCACAGACAGUAACUCCAUCGGAGAAGACUUAAAUGCUCUGUCAGAUUCUGCAUGUUCUGUGUCAGUGCUGGAUCCUGGCGAGCCACGCACACCAGUUGGGAGCCGUAAAGCUAGCCGCAACAUCUUUCUGGAGGAGGAUCUAACCUGGCAAAGUUUGAUUCACCCAGACUCUUCAACUACCACACUGUCUGCACGCCUUGGGUCUGUCCAGGAGGAUGCAGGGAAGUCACCAGCUAGGAACAGGUCAGCCAGCAUCACUAACCUGUCACUGGAUCGAUCAGGUUCACCAAUGGUGCCUGCUUAUGAGACUUCUGUCAGCCCCCAGGCCAGUCGCACACAUAUGAAGGCAGAGACCAGCGAGGAUGAGCGCAAAAUCCUUCUGGACUCAGUCCAGCUGAAAGAUCUGUGGAAGAAGAUCUGCCAUCACAACAGUGGGAUGGAGUUUCAAGACCAUCGCUACUGGCUGCGGACACAUCCCAACUGCAUUGUGGGAAAAGAGCUGGUCAACUGGCUCAUCAGAAAUGGGCACAUAACCACAAGGGUCCAAGCCAUUGCAAUAGGACAAGCGUUGGUUGAUGGACGCUGGCUAGAAUGUGUCAGUCAUCAUGAUCAGCUCUUCAGAGAUGAGUAUGCUCUCUACAGACCGUUACAGAGCACGGAGUUCUCGGAAACCCCAUCUCCAGACAGUGACUCUGUGAACUCUGUAGAGGGGCACUCUGAGCCAUCCUGGUUCAAAGACAUCAAGUUUGAUGACAGUGAUACAGAGCAGAUUGCUGAUGAAGGAGAAGAUAACUUAGCCAACUCUGCCAGCCCUAGCAAGCGCACUUCAGUCAGCAGCUUCCAGUCCACAAUGGACAGUGAUUCAGCCGCCUCCAUCAGCCUGAACGUGGAGCUGGACAACGUGAACUUCCAUAUCAAGAAGCACUCCAAGUACCCACAUGUGCCCCCUCACCCUGCCGACCAAAAAG